CCUCACUGAACUCUCGCGAUACUAGAGCCCUGUGGAGCGCGAAACGCCGUGGGAGGGGCUGGGGUGAGAUCGACUGACUUCCGGCCAGGCCGUUGUCUGGGUGGCGCGGUCGAGUCAUCGCUGGGCCUCGCAGCUUCGAUCUCCCAUCCCUCCCCCCCGCCCCGGCGCGGGGGGUCGACCAGCCAAGUGGGGUGGGAGGUGACUCGGACCUUCCCCUUCGUUCCGCUCUGGCCAGCUCCCUGGCCCCCCGCGCUGGGGUCCCUGGGGCCCGCGAGGCCCGGUCUGAGGGGCCGGGGCCUACGUGGGCCCGCCGCUGGGCCCCAUGAGGCAUAGCCUGACCAAACUGCUGGCGGCCUCGGGCAGCGACUCCCCAACCCGCAGCGAGAGCCCGGCUCCAGCCGCGACCUGCUUGCUGCCCCCGGACCUGACCCGGGCGGCGGCGGCGGCGGCAGCGGCAGAGGAGGAAGAGACGGCGGCGGCCGGAUCUCCCGGCCGCGAACAGCCGUGCGGCGACGAGCGCGAGUUGGAGGCCGGGAGGGGGGGCCGCGGCGGCGUGGCCGUGCGCGCGCCCUCGCCCGAGGAGAUGGAGGAGGAGGCGAUCGCCAGCGUCCCGGGGGAGGAGACGGAGGACAUGGACUUUCUCUCCGGGCUGGAACUGGCAGAUCUGCUGGAUCCCCGGCAGCCGGACUGGCACCUGGAGCCCGGGCUUAGCUCGCCCGGGCCUCUCUCCUCGUCCGGCGGAGGCUCGGAUAGCGGCGGCCUGUGGAGAGGGGACGACGACGACGAGGCCGCGGCUGCCGAGAUGCAGCGCUUUUCCGACCUGCUGCAGAGGCUGUUAAACGGCAUCGGAGGCUGCAGCAGCGGCAGUGACAGUGGCAGCGGCGAAAAGAGGCGGAGAAAGUCCCCAGGAGGAGGCGGCGGCAGCAGCGGCAACGACAGCAACCAGGCGGCGACAAAGAGUCCCCGGAAGGCGGCGGCGGCUGCUGCCCGUCUUAAUCGGCUGAAGAAGAAGGAGUACGUGAUGGGGCUGGAAAGUCGAGUCCGGGGUCUGGCAGCCGAGAACCAGGAGCUGCGGGCCGAGAAUCGGGAGCUGGGCAAGCGCGUGCAGGCACUGCAGGAGGAGAGUCGCUAUCUACGGGCCGUCUUAGCCAACGAGACCGGACUGGCUCGCUUGCUGAGCCGGCUGAGCGGCGUGGGACUGCGGCUGACUACCUCGCUCUUCAGAGACUCGCCCGCCGGUGACCAUGACUACGCUCUGCCCGUGGGAAAGCAGCAGCAGGACCUGCUGGAAGAGGACGACUCAGCGGGAGGAGUGUGUCUUCAUGUGGACAAGGAUAAGGUGUCGGUGGAGUUCUGCUCGGCGUGCGCCCGGAAGGCGUCGUCUUCUCUUAAAAUUUUCUUUUUUAGGUGAUUUCCUUCCUGCCAGGCUCCGUUGUAGGGGUUACAGAACAGUCGUUCCCGCCUCACAACCUGGUAAGGAUCCAUCUCUUCACGUAACGCUCAUGCUCUGCUGCUUAGUCUACUUUAAUGGGCAACAUCUCAAUUUGUGUGCGUGUGGGUUUUUUUUUUUUUUUUUUUCUUUUUUCUUUUUUGGAAGGUGGGAGGGGAAAUCUAAUUUGGGCCCUGUCCACCCUGGAAACAGACUUGUGCUGGUCAGUAAUGUAUUUAAGAUGCUUCUUAUGGUUGAAAUAGCUGUUAAUGUGUCCCCUUGUUCAGACUUGCGUGUACCUAGCUCUUCUGUCCCCAGUGUGGACAUGGCCUUGGAUGACAUCGGUUCCAACUGUACACUGAAAGCUGCUAAUAGAGAUACAGUUUGGAGACAGUGAAACAGGUGAAGUUGAAUGGAAGUUCCGAGUUGUACAAGGUGCAAAUUGGAAUUCCAAUUUUAGAGCAACUUUUUAGAGGUUGACAAUAAGUAUUUGGGCUUGCACAAAUGUGAUAGUUAUUUUGCUGGAGAUGACAGAAAUAUCUUAAAAUAUUUGGGUAUGCCUUUUAGUUUUCAGUAGGAGAUCUAGAAAUACAAUCUAGAGUAAAAGAUUUUAAUAUCUCACCACUCAAGAAGUUGGAAAAUAACAUGCAUCUCUGUUAAUUAAUUGAAGGAGAAUAAGAAUGGUUAAUGAAAUGUUUCUUUGAGGACCAGCACAGUGAUUACCCUAUCACUGACUAUAAAUAAAUUGUUGAACACCUUUACUUUUGUUGUAUUAAAAUUUAGGUUAAAUUUAUGUAUGAUUAGAUAUUGAAGGUUGUGAAAUGUGAAUGAAAACGUGUAAAGUGAGGCUUCACAAAGAAUCUUACUCUCCUUAUUUCAAAGGUUUUUGUCCUAUUUAAAAAUAAUUUUUGAAAUUGAGUGGUUCUGGCUACCUAAGGACACGAUUGACACUUUUUCCAAAGAUGGGACAUACUCUUCCCUUGAAGUACUGUAUUAUUCAUUGUCCAAUUGUAUAGAUUUAGUGUCCUUCAGUGUAAGAGGCAUUAAGAAAUUCUUUGUGAAACAUCACUGUUUGAUAAAGUAUAUACAUAUUUAGCAUCCUUGUUUUUCUUUGUGCUAAAGUGGAUACAGCUGUUGGGGCAGAAGAGACGGGACCAGCUGCUGGCCACAUUUCCUGCUUUAUUUUAAAAGGUAGUAUAAGAAAUGAGGAAAAAGAGGUAAUAUCAGGGCUUCUGCUGUCUUUUAUUUUAAAAUGUUCAUAAUUAAAAAGUAUUUUCCAGCAGUCCAAAGAUGUAAGUUAUCUUACACAUGUUUUAUUUUGUUGUUAUUUGGUUAUAAAAAUGGAAUCCUUGUUCUUGCACAACUGUAAAUGUUUCGUUGCUAGAUAACACAAUUUGAGACCUAACUCGGUCUCUGGUUUCCAGUGCAUUACAGCAUAUUUUGUAAAAUCACCUACUGCACUUGAGCAUGAAUGGGUAGUAGCCAAAUUCACAACCUGGAGUGAUGAACCUGCUUAUACCUAAGUGCAGGAGCAAGCCCCUCACAAUGCAGCUGCAUGGAUUUUUAGUGCCUACUGAAUUAUAUAUAUAUAUAUAUAUAUAUAAACCAAAAGUAGUUGGAAAAAUUAUUUGAAAUGACUAAUUUGUGCUAUCUCUAUGGAAUAUGUUAAAUGUAGCUUUUUGAAACAGAAGCCUUGAAUUGAAAUUUAAUUAAUACUUGAACGAACAUUUUUGUAUAUAUUUCUUUGUAUAUAAUUUUGUGCAGUACCAAUGACAAAAAUAUGGUGUCAUAAUAAAACCAGGUUUGUUGAUCUUUCAGUUAUGGGCUCAAAGAAUUUAUUCAUCUCUAACAUGAUAUUGGAAAAUAAUGGAUGAAAAUAGGAAAAAUGAUUGUUGUUAAUGCUGACUGUGGGUCUUAAAAGGUUCUAGAAGCAGUAAGUGUGUUUUUCUAAAACCAUUCCCUUGGAAUAAUUUCUUCUAAUGUCAGUGCUUUUCCUGCAUUAUUUGAAGUUCGGGGCUGGGGAGAAACAGUAGUCAAAGCUUUCUGAAUUGGGAUGCUUUGAAAAUUCCAAGUGUAGAUUUUUAGGAUGUCAUUUUAUAAAUGGCAGUUUUUGGAAUUACUUGAUUAAGAACUUUUGAAAAUGGAGAUUAGUAUUGCCUAUUUUUAAAGCUGCUUUGUUAGGCUCCUUGUUUUAACUGUCUUUUCUUAGUUUCCAUUUCAUUCUAUUUUUUUUUUUUCUUUUUCUAAUUUUGGUGACUUAGUGAUUUUGUCAUUUUUUACAUCAACUUCAUGGUCUUGUUUUUACAUGGUAUUGCAUGUAUUUAGGACCUAUCUAACAGGGGGUUUAAAUAAAUUUGAUCAUAUUUAUGUGUAAGCACAUUUUACUGUAAAUGUUUGGGUUUCUGAAUUUACAACAGAUCUGUUUAUUUCAGAAUGUAGUAAACAAUAUCUUAAAGUGUCCUAUUCACUACUUGUUAAUUAAAAAAAGUUAUGAUUAAUAUGAAACUGUUGUCUUACUAUUUUUAGAAAAUUGUGUUCUGAAUGAUUAGUAGUUGGAUAAAGGAGAUUUCUGGAAUAUAUGGAUUGCGUUGAAAUUUUAAGGUUUGGCUCUAUUUACUGUAGAGGUUGAAAACAUCUUAGUAUUUGGGGAACUUUUUUUUUUUUCAUCAUCUUCCCUAAUUGCCUCUAUGGCAAAAUGAUACAGAAUUAGUGUAAAGAGGGUAGCUUUUUGAUAUUUGUUUUCUGAUGGUGACAGGAAUUCAUACAUUAAUUGAACUAACACACCAUAUUGACCUCCUAUUUCUAUCAUAUUGACUUACUGUUUCUGCACUUUCUUGACCAGUUCUAACUAAAAAGGUCCACGUUUGUUAAAAUGUCACACCUCUGAUAUAAUCCGGCAAAAAGUGUUCGAAAUAUUUUAAAUAUUUGUGCAUUUUGUAAUCACUAAAUUAAUCUCUUUCUCUUCUCUUUAAACAGCUUAGCAGUGUCUGCAAAAACGAAUCUUUUCCUACAACCUGUUAACUGACUGGACUGAUGGUAACAAAGUAAUUGUGGGAGCCAUGUCGGUCAAAAAUUUGGCAUCUGCUGAAAAAAAAAUGAAUGCCAUUUUCAAGUUCCCAAAUUACUUCUAUACUGAUUUCACUUUCCAGAUUUCACUUUCCAGAAAUGGAGAUAUGAAAAGAUUCUCUGGAAUCCUUGAAAGACUUACUAGAAAUACAUGAGACUAAGUUAAUUUUGGAACAAAAUUAUACUUUUUUUUUUUUUUUUUUUUGGUCUUUCAUGGGAGUGAUGAUCAGUUCUUUGCAUAACUUAAAAAUUGUAACUGUUGGAGAAGAGAAUUGCAGUAUUUCAUCAAGGAAUAUUAGAUUCUUUACAUAAUCAAGAACACAUUCUAUGGAAUAACAUUCAGUGGUGUAGAAUUACAUAAACAGGCCAUCAGGGAUCACAAAGCAUAUCACGAGUCUGUAUUUAUUUCCUGGAACUUGAGAGCUAAUCUUCAGUAUAGGCAGACCUUGCUGAGUAGAAUAUAAAAGUUAAUGUAAAGUCCUUAACUAUAAAGAGUAGUCUUUUUAAAAUAGAUGCAUUGAUGUGUCAUGUGUAUCUUUGAAAAAAUUAUGACUGAAUAUGUGAGUAGUUAUUUGCAAUUCAGGGUAAUAGGAUGUUCGCAUUCUGAGGUUUUGGCUUCUCGAGUUUUCUCUGAGUACUUGACACUUUUUGACUAUUUUGAGGUUUCUAAUGAAUGGUAUCCUAGUUUCUGAUGUUAUAUAUUAAAAUGUCUCCAGUGUUUUGUAAGGGCUUUAGUAUUUUGGAUGAUGGGAGUGUUUUUUUUCCACAUAAUAUGGUUGUUUUACUUAAUUGAAACAUUUUUCCAGUUUAUUACAAGUGUGAAAAAACACUCAACUCUGGAUUGUUUAUUUCAUUUUUGUUGGAUUAUGUUAAUGCAUUCUUUCGUCUGGUCUAGACUGAGUCAUUUUAUCUUAAUUGACUCAUUGGGAAGUGUGCAGAUGAGAGGUGGGAGGGGUAGGAGAUUGGCCCAGAAUGAUUUAUCAUUAUAACUAUACAGUUUGGUUAUUGUAUGAUCCUAUACUAAACCUAUUAAACCCACUCUGUUUCUUAUAA